UUUGUAUCCUCUGCGAAUACCUUCAAUCAACGUUCUUUUGGCAUGAGAUCCGUAUGUGUUUUUUUGUGUCGGUAAUAUUAGUGCCACUAUUGUACUCAAGCUGAUGAUAAAACUUAAGCAGUUCUCACAAAAUGAGACGAUACUGGAUAUUCCUAUCGUUCCUGCUCUCAAACCUGUGGUACGAGUUUGCAAAGAGCAAUCAACUAGCCGCCGAGGAAAUUGAAUUCGAAAACCUUGUAAAGGAUGGAACAUCACUGCUAGGUCAUGAAGGUCGUCGCGAUGAACUAGUGAUGCUCGUUGGAGUGUCCGGCAAUGGAAAAAGCACUUUGAGUCUACUCUUGACCAGUUCACCUACGCUUUCAGUGGAAUUAGGUCAAGGACGUAGAUGCAUCUACAAAGAUAAGAACGACAAGAUAGGCAUUCAAACACAAACUUCAAAAACGUUAAUUCCAAAUUUUAUUUCCGAUGAAGAAAGUGGUCAAAUUUUAGUUGAUAAUCCAGGAUUUUCGGACACCCGUAAAAACCCAGCUUUUGAUAUCGCUGCCUCAUUUUUCAUGAAAACCGUCUUUGAUUCUGUCAAGAAGGUGAAGAUAGUCAUUGUUGAGGACAAAAACAGUGUUACCUUCUAUAAAAGCCGAGACGCGUUUCUCAAAACGCUGUCUCACCUUGCAAGGCUUAUUCCAAACGCAUCAGCCCUCAAAGGCUCAAUUGGAUUGGUCGUAACCAAAGUGGACUCAACGGAUUCUGACGAAGACAUAAUUAGUGGGGUCACAGAAUUUUUAAAUGAUACUCUUGUAGGCCAUUUACUCCCAGAGAGAGAAAAGCUCGGCGAUGAAGCGAGUCUUGCUGAAAUAGGAAAAUUGCUCGACAGUGAAAUCGAAAUUAUAAACGUUCUACUGCAAUCAGAAAAUAUCACUGGAAUAUUCAGAACUCCGUGUAAAAUAAAUGGCACGUGCCAAAGCUGUUCUGAUGAUGAAAGCCUGCGUAAAUUAGUAUUUGAACAACUUCAAUUCACUGUCAUCGAAGACAAAAAAAAUCCAUUUCACUUGACAGUUUCUGACACAUCCGUUCUAUUCAUCGCAAACAAGCUCCUCCCGCAAACAGAGUUAAAAUUCUCUAAAUUGCUUGAUACAAUUGUGUCCGGUGAAUUCAAAUUAUUGGAUAAAAACCUGAAGAGCGAGGGACUGGUACUGAAACAAAAAUUGAGCCUGAUAGAAGCUGAAAUCUCGGAAAUGGAGCAGUUUUCCGCCGCGUUGAUGAUUCCAGGUGGGGUCAAAGAUUUUGUCAAAAGAAAUAAGAGGAUGAAAAUUAUAUACAAUACUUUAUUGAAUGAGCUCUCAGUUGAGUCCUAUAAAAUUUGGUUUUUCUGUAAGAGUCUUUUUAAAGAAGUAAGCUCGGUGAUAGAUACAAUCAAAGAGAAUCAAACAGCAAAAAUUCUAACACACUGUGAUCAUUCAUUAGCUGAAUUCAGAGCACUCGAGCAGAUAGACACAUUUAUUUGUAACAUAAGCGAAUAUCAGCAAACAUCGGAUUUCAAAAGAGUAGUUAAAUAUAUUAACAACCUCCCUGUGUUCCUUUCCAGAAUGAUUUCUCUUGGAUUGAAAGAAACUAAGGAUAUAAAUGUGAUCAGAAAUGUCACGAAACCAAGCAUUCCUUUUCUUGAGCAACUCAAAAAAUUAAGUUGUUUGUCAAUCGCUGAUGGUGCUAAAUUUAAGAUAUACAAAGAUUCUGGAAUAUAUUCAGGUCACUUUUUUAAACUUAGUGAAAUGAUAUCAUCAGCAGGAUCAGUAGAUAAUUCAAAUAUCUACGUGCUCGCAUCUAGAAAAGUGUUUAUUGAUUCUGACUGGGAAAUCAGGAAUAUUCAUAUGACGAUCGUAUCACCGACGAUUGAAGUAAUAGGAACAAGCUCAUGGAGACUGAAAGGAGCCGAUGGGCCAACGCAUAACGAUACGGCCGCCAAAAGAGCAUACAGCGCUAGUCAGCCCGGAGCUGAUGGAGCUUCAGGGCUUCCUGGUUAUAGUUCAGGUUCCUUGAAAAUUUACACCCAUACAGUACUGAACGGCAAAAAUUUAAAAAUAAAUACGCAAGGUGGGAAAGGGGGAAAGGGUCAAGAUGGUGGGCGAGGACACGAUGGUGAAAGAGCUUAUUUGAGAGAAGACAUUGAAAAAAUCAUCGAAUGCAUUUACUACAUAAAAGGUAACAGCUGUGACACGACUUCGAAAAAAUUAUCAGUAACUGUUGUUGAUUACAUUUCGAAUACUCACGGUAUAGUUGAUGCCUAUUCGAGAUCGUCGAUUAAACCAACAGGGGGUGGCCAGGGCGGGGACGCAGGACCUGGAGGACUCCCAGGUGAAAUUUUCGUUUCCAAAGUCACGGGCGACGACUUUGCAAUUAAAGCGGAAAACGGUCCGGUCGGAGAAGUAGGCCAAGGAGGCCAUGGUGGACUAAAUUGCUACUUGCGCAGAGAUACAGUUAAAUGCAAUCUUUACGGGGGUAGUUGGACUGUUGAUUCAUGCUAUAAAAAGGAUACAGAGUGCGAGCAUUUCGCAAUUGCCGCCAACGGUUGCCCUGGAAGUCUUUCCCCCAAAAAGAGUGCAGAGAAUAAAAAUUAUUUUUACAAAGAGGCAAGCUUUGAAGAUCAAAUAUGGAUAUUAUUAGAUUUUGCCUUUGAUAAAAUAGAAAAUUCAAGAUACAAGGAGCAGGAAUCAACACUAAUAAGUUUCAUUAAGGUAAUUUUGAGAGGGCUUGUGUCUAACAACAAAUCAGUAAUAGAAUUCUUUUACCGCCUUCUUAAUCGUAUUGCUUUGAAAAAUAUUCCACAGGAACAAAUUUUUUACGUGCUCCAAUUAGUACUUUCUGAGUUCCGAUAUUACAAAAAUUAUAUGUUCAAAACUGAAUUUCAUGGUGACGUUGUUGCUUUGGAAGCGUUGAUAUUAAGUAAUUUGGAUUUAGCACAGACUUCCAAAAACAGUCGGCUCAUUCUCAAUGCCCAACUUCAUUUGAACACAUUUAAAAAUGAUGCAGAAAGGCUUUCCUCUGCAUGGCGAGAUCAGUUCAAAAGUGCUGCAAUCAAUACUCACAAAAAAAACCUUCAAAGCGAAAUUGAAACAUCCAAAAAGUUCACUGCUCAGACUGUACAGGAAAACAUUGAAAAGGCAGAGCAAUACUUGCAAGAUCAGUUUGACAGUCUGCAGCAAAAAAUUAAAACAGAAGAAGAGAAAGCUAUGAGGGAUAUCAAAGAACUGCGUAAUAUGAAAGAUAGGGUGUCUGGAAAUAUAGUCAAACGAAUCAUAUUUAGCGUCGUUAACUUUGCAGCUGGAUUAGUAUCUAUUGUGAAUCCUGCAGUAGGCAGCUUGAUACAAGCGGGUUCGAACGUUGGCGAAAAAUUUACAGUGUCUGAGUAUAAUAAUCAGGUUGGGACAACGCCAGUACUUGGUGCUGUCAGAAAUGUGCGAAACGUCAUUUCGAAAUUCCACCGAGAUAGAGCGAGAAAUCGCGUGAGUAGAUCCCAACACUUAAUAGGCGUUGGUCAAGAAGUUUUGAGAGACAAAGAAUUGGUGAAGUUGCUAAAAAAAUCAACCGUGGAAAAAUUGGAAAACGCGAUGAUCAAAUCUGAAAGUGCAGUGGACUCUGCUCUCUUUGUGAACGAAAAAUUAAAAGAUGCUCUCGGCACGUGCUAUACGGAAUUGAAAAAAGUCACUAAUGCGGAGAGUAGCGUUCAUUUGAAAAGGUCAUUGAAACUUUUUAAUAUAGCAUCACAUGUGUCAGCUCUUUCCUUCGGCGUAUUAUCUGACGUGCAAAAAAUUCAAGGCGACAAUGAUUUAUUAGGCAAAUUAGACGCUAAAAUUGCAGAUAGCAGCCUUUUAAUGUCACAAUUGGACGAAUAUAACACGAAUUUGCACACGUUUUUCAUGCCGUACAUAAAUGACAUGCAAGAGGCUUUCCAAAAGUUCACAAGCAGCGUAGAAGGGAUGGCGCAACACAUGCUUUUCUUCAGGAGAAUUGAUCUGAAGAAAAUGACUAGACAGUUUGUGUCCCUUAUUAGAAAAUUCACUGACGGAUUCGCAGAAGAGCAACAAGAGCUGAUAAGUGUCGUCGAAGACCUGGAGAUGCUCGCUACAGAGGCCAUGAACUCCCAGGCGCACGUCAACGAACUCGAGUAUAAGUUCCAGUUGGCCUCACUCGUUGGCACAUUGGACAGCAAUUACCAAGAGUGCGGUCGUGGGCGCAAAUUCUGUGAACAGCGGAAAGCAGCCUGGAUAGAAGUGCAGAAAAACACUCUGCUGCAGCGGUACGUGGUCCUCGAGCGUGCGUUUCAACAGGCCAUUUUCCCAUUUAAGAGUCAACGUCAAUUCGUGGGCAUGCCACCGACAAACUCUGACGAAAAGACCAUGAUCCAGGUGCUCCGAGAACGCGUCGACACCAUGAUCGCCGACUUGGUGGAGCGCAACAGCACCAUCGACCUGAAGAGCGAUAAGUACGUCCGCACGGCUGUGUUCACUUCGCAAUUCAGCUCGAGCACCCCGUUUUACUCGUGGCACCAAGCGGAUCACGCUGAGCAGAUCGGCAGAUUCCUUCGCGGCGAGAGGGUCAAUUUCGUGGCCGACGUGCGUCACACCAAUGCGUACAACGCAGCCAAGUUCUUCAAAAUCGGGCUUAACAUCACUGUGCCAGGUGUGCCUCUGCAUUCGUUGCUUUCCUACCUCGAGCUUGAGAUGGUCCACGGCGGUGACAACCACUUCCGCUGCGGCAAUCGCUUCUACGCCAUCGCAGCCGAACCCCUCACCUUUUCCCAAACUUUCGAAAGAGGAGAAUUCGGUCAGCCUGUGUCACAGAACGCAGUUUCCUCUAAAUUCGCGCAAACAGAAAUCCCGUUCAGUCCUUACUCCCUGUGGACCAUGCAAAUCAAGUCGGGACGGAACCCUGACUCCCGUUCAAAACUCAGAGAAAUUGCCAAGUACGCAAACAAAGCAAGUCUAGAAUUACACGGCAGUGGAAGUUAUGUUGAAGAAGGGGCCCCAAUUUGUGACGAGGACCUUCCCAAAUACUUUGACCUAUUUAUUUAGUCACUGACCAGCACCCGACCAAUCAAAACAAUCGCAACAUUUCGACGAAGAAAUAAUUUGAAAAAGCCCUAUUCCAACCAUGAAAAAUUUAAUCGCAAAAUUAAUGAGACGAUUCCGUAUUACAUUGACACAUGAGCGCAUUCGAUAAUAUAUCUAAAAAAAUUCUUUAUAUAAUUUUGCAUUAAAUUUUUUUCAUUAUCUCGGCAUUACAGCCUUAUCUAGCGUGCCAGUAUUUUAAGGACUUUUGGGUUUUUUGUUUAGGAAAUAUUUUGCACGCAAUUAUUAUUAAGAUUUUGUAACUCUUACUAAUUUAGCAAAUUUUAGUUGUGGUAGCAGUAAGAACAAAGAAAUCUAAUUUAAAGAUGUUAUUAACACCGCUUUUGUUUUAUUAAAUGUUGCCAAAUGCACAUGCGUUAAAGAGGAAUGAUGCUGGAAAAGUCUGGAAAAUGCUUGUUGCCAAUGCAUAAACUCAUUCCUUAGGAUUCAGUUAAAGCCUUAAUUGACCUAAGGAGCGCUGUAAUUUUUUGAGAAAAUUGGCUGGAAAGUUACCGUGCUUUUUCAAAUGGUAAUGGCUGUCUCCUUACUUGAAAUCCGAUUUAAUUUCAAAACCAAGAGUUUCCCCAAUUAAUGGCAUACACCGUUGGACAGAUCUCGAUGAGAAGAAUCGGAAUAUGCCAAGAAAAUAUGUUCAAGCACUGUAAAUUUUGGAGAAAAUUGGCAAAAUUUGAAUUUUUAUUGUAGGAAGGGCCGUUUUUUAUUAUUGCAAAUUGUUGAACGAAUUGUUUAUCGAUCAAUUAUGUUUAUGGCAUCCAACAAUUCAAAUAAUUUUCAAUUGUUGCCCAGUAUCAUUCCACUUUAAUUAAAAAUUUCAUAAAAAUAUAAUUGCUCAUAUCUCAAUUCUUUAUUAUUGGGAUUCCCCGUUGUUGCCGUUAAUUAAAUUUUGAAAGAUAUAUUUUCAACUGUCUUAAAAUGCUUAGUGUAGCGCGGUCCUCCUUUUUGUUGGAAGCCAACCAUUGUCGGCGGUUUGAAUUAUUGUAAUUUUGCAUUAUUGUUUAACAGAAGAAAGAUGAUUUUAAAAUAUGUAAGAAUUCAGUUUUCGUCCGUCAGCCACACGGUGCUGACGUGAUUUGUUUAAUUGUGCAGAACCCGAUUCCAACAGUCGGUUAGCAAAAGAAUUUAUCACUUAUUAUUGUAAACCAUUUCAGUUCUUGUACUUGAUUAAGUAUCCGAUCGGAUUUCCAACUGUAACUAAUCUAUACGAACAAAAUUCGUCAAUCUGAAUUCAUCGGUCUUCAUCAUUUCAACUCUUUCCAUCUCUGUUAUUUUCAACUGUCUUAAAAUGCUUAGAAAUCGUAAUAAAUCGAUACUGACAUUCUGUGACCAACGCGAUAUUCUGCAUCCGUUUAAGAUGACUAUUAUUAUGUUUCUCAAUUAGCAUCAUCGAACGUGGAUAGAUGAUGGUUUGCGUUUUGGUAAUGUAAUUUUCGGAGCCAAUUGUCUACCUGUUUGCAGCCCAAGGGCUCUCAAUUCUCAAUUGUGUGCUAUUUUUGUACGUAUAUGUGGCUGUAAUUUGUACGCAGCAAGGGAUUAAAAUAUAAAUUUCAUUCAUCUACCUUG